AUGCUCGUUUUUGUGGAAGAAUGGUGGUUCUUUCAAUUCUUUCUCUGCUACUUUAUCCUUUUCUUUGGGCUUGGACUAUUAUUGUUGCCUGAAGAAGGUCAGAAAUGGGGUUUCCUUAUUUGGUUACUUUUCAGCUACUGUGGACUCCUUUGCAUUGCCUGCAUCUCUAUGGGGAAGUGGUUAACACGAAGGCAGGCACAUUCACUACGUGCACAGCAGGGGAUUCCAACUUCGGAAUAUGGGGUGUUGGUUGACAUGAUUCGGGUACCAGGUUGGGCUUUUGAAGCAGCUGGCCAAGAGAUGAGAGGAAUGGGCCAAGAUGCUGCUGCAUACCAUCCAGGACUUUAUUUGACCCCAACUCAGAGAGAAGCAGUUGAGGCGCUUAUUCAGGAACUCCCAAAGUUCAGGCUGAAGGCAGUUCCUACUGAUUGCAGUGAAUGCCCUAUCUGUUUGGAAGAGUUUCAUGUGGGGAAUGAGGUUCGUGGCCUGCCUUGUGCUCACAAUUUCCAUGUGGAAUGCAUUGAUGAGUGGCUUGGGCUGAACGUGAAGUGCCCUCGAUGCCGUUGCUCAGUCUUUCCAAACCUUGACCUUAGUGCCUUAUCUAAUAUCCAUGCUGAUCCAGAGCGUUCAUCUGCCAGUGUUGUGACGGCAACUCGGUAUGUUAGAACACAACCUUCUAGCCAGAGCUACCUGUUGAGAUUGCAGGGUUUGCUUCGACCAGUCCGCACAGAAAAUGCAGGACCUGGCAAUGAUUCAGACAUUGCUUUGGAAGCUGCUGAAAAUGGAGGUCUUCCGGGGGCUACUCAGGACCGUGGAAGUGUAGAGCCCGGGCAAAUACAGGCUGGACAGUCCUCCCCGCGACACUACUAAACUGUUUUUUUUUUUGUCAUCUUACAGGUUUUUAUUUGAUCUCCUAACCACAUGGGCGUAGAGAAACUCAAUUUACUAACAUCUUUCUCUGGCCAUUGUUCAAU